AUGGGAUCCUCAUCCUACUACACGCCAUCGUCUGGCUACAGCACUCAACAGUACAAUCCAAUUUCGUCUUCUGGUUACUCUAGCGGAUCAUCCAGUUCAUCACAGUACUACAAUCCCAACUCAAACUCACCUACUCGUUAUUACGACCCAGUUUUGAACACGAACCUCGGUUACCCGAACCAAAACCAGCAGCAACAAUACCAAUAUGGUACCGGAUAUGGUCAAGCAGGUCAAGCCAACAGUAAUCAGGGUUACUAUGGACAAACCCAGCAGUACAGCAGUACGGACAAAAUCAGCAGUAUGGACAGAACCAACAGUACCCGAACAACCAGCAAUACGGUCAGCAGUACGAUAGCGCUCAGAGUUGGUGCUGUGGACCGACAUCGACGUCAUGUUGCUAUCAAACCAGCACGAGCUCUUCGAACUCCAUGUACUACUAUGAUCCAAGCAUGA